ACGCAGUCUUUAGUUAGUAUGGAAUCACUGGGUGAAAUACGUUCACACUAGGUAUUACUUGAUAUUCUGAGACCAGGUCAUUUUCUCGCUUGCGGAAUGUUUAAAAAUAGUUAAAUACUCGCUGAUGAACAGUGGUAUAAAUUGCCUCGGACUUCAAUUGUCAGAUUGAACAAGAUUUAAAUCAUAUUUGGAGAAGAUUUCCGCGCGAAAAAAAGAAUUUUCCUAAUUAUGGCUUCGAAAAUGACUCUUUCCCAGGCCUUAGGGACGGAUGGAAGCGACUAUAAUCAUAGGCAAAAAAUUGCAACACACUACCUAAUUAGCGCAACAAAUAAAUCAAGACUGAAGUAUUGUAUAUUUUUUCACUAUUUAUUAUUUUUUGUCAUGCUUGCCAAACUUUCUGCUGAUAUAUUAGAUUACCUAGACAUAUUCAUCUUAGAAGUAGAAGAACUACAAAUACCACAGCCAUUAUGGUGGGAAUACAUAUGGUGCACUAGUUUAUUAUUAUCUUUUCUUGCUCUGUCAGCAAUUAAAAAAAAUAACGUUAAAACAUUGCAGAGAUACAUGAUAGGUAUCAUUUUACUAGGUUACGGUCCAUUGAUAUAUGCCAUCGUGUAUUACUUUAAGGAUGUCUGGACGUACUUAACUUUAGGAUCCGAAGAUAUUUAUUUGUGGCAGAGUUUACCAUAUGGCGUACUUUGGUAUGCAUUUAUCCUUUUAGCCUCACAAGUUCAUUGUUUCUCUUUAUAUUUUUCUUGGAAUUUGUUGGUUGCCUGGAAAACACGGAGUGCUAAAAAAAUGGAUUAAACUCAAUAGACUAAGCCCUUAUUAAAUUUGAUAAAUUUAUAUAAUUACAGAUAUAUUUCAGAAUGUGAGUAUUCAUAUAUGGUUUAUUUUAAAAACAAAAAUAUAUAAUUGUUAUUAAAAAAUAG